GCACCUAUGUCUAUGCAAUUAAUAAUUUGACUUAUAUAAUGUAUAAGAAUACUACUUAUUAUAUUUUUUUUUAAUCAUGAACUUUACUUACUUGGAAACUACGCUAAUAACGUUAAUAUACGAAAAUGUUCUCGUUUGAUACUCUUUAAAUUUUCGAUGUAAUACGAUUACUUAAUUAAAAAUUAUAAUCUGCCAAAUGUAAUUAAAAUAAAAACAAUAUCUAACAGUAUUAAUAGUAAUGACUGUUGCAUUCUAUAAAGUUGUUAAUUCCAUGGGUAAUCAUGGAGGAAAUAAAUGUGAAACUGCCAUCUGAAAUGGUAACAACAUAUUUUUGUUUCAUUUUGGAACACUAGCAGCAUUUUAGAUAUCCCUGAUUAUAAUGUGUUGACGAAUUUCAUAACAACAACAAGAAACUCAUACCAGUAUACCGGAACACUUAGCCGGUUAUUAAAAAAUAAUUAAGUAAUCUAUGCAUAUAAUUUUUACGCAGUUUUCUCUAAUAACUUAUACUCUAUUACAGAUCCAUUUCAAUUAUAGAAUCAACGCAAUCAAAAUUCAUAUAUUAUGUUUAGAAAAACAGUAACUAUACUACAGUUCAAAACCACAACAAUGUCAUUGAAUCGAUCCAAAUCUGUUAUUUCAAAACUCAACAGAAGUGUUAAAUAUUUGAAGGUUUGGGGAUUAAGUGGUAUGGCAUACGGUGUCACGGGAUUCGUCAUUUUGUGUUAUAUGACAGAAUGGCGUACUGUGCUUCAGUAUGUACCUUACUAUAACGGCAAAUAUGCUCAAAUAACAGAGAAAGAAAGACUAGAUGAUAUUCAAACAGAAGCUGAAAACAAAGAAAGACAUGAAAAUGCCACCCAAGGCUAUGAAAGGAUGAAAGAAGAAAAACAGCAAAAAGAAAAUAACUCUCGAAUCAAAUAAUCCAUUUUAUUAAUAAUAAUAUCAAUAUUAGCGUUUAUUAUUAAUUAAUCACUAAAAUUGUUUUGAAACUAUUUCAAGUAAUAUUUUUUACCUAUUAUAAUUUUUAUAAUAAUUUAAGGUUUUUUUUUAAUAUUAUUAUUUGCUUAAAAUAUACGAACUACUAUUUAUAUUAAUACAAUGAAUGAACUGAUAAAACUAUUUUUGAAGUCAAUAGAAGACAAAAACCAGAAUCUAUAAUGGAGGGCAAUUGUUUUAAUCUAAUACUAAUUAUUGACAUUUUUUAUUUUAUACAAAUGGCAUUGGUGCAAAACCUAUGAAUUCGUUGUGUUAGCCUAUAAUUAUUUCCUUGAUCUUGUUUUAAGGCUAGUAUUUUAUAUUUAAAAGUACUUUAACAAUUCAAACAUUAUAUUGUUUUUAAUACAUACAG